AUGUCAGGCUCUCAAACUGUUUCUGUAAUCGGAUACACUAAGAUGGCUCCCCAAUCUCCACCAGCAACUGUGAAUGAGCUAUGGUUUAUCGAUACACAGGCAAUGUUCCAGAACUAUGCCAAUCUUCGAUCUUUCUCCAAAUCAAACUCAACGGAAACUCAAACAACGAUUGGUGGUGUUGUAUUCGGACGGAAAGCUCGAAAGCAGGUCAUCCACGUGUUCUUCGCUUAUGCUGAAGACUUAACGGAGUCAAAUUUGCAGUUUCUGGAAAGCUCAUUAUCCUCCGACAUUGAGCUUGUCGGAAACGUAAACAUUGAUGGGCAAUCCACACUAAUCGGAAAUGGAACAUUUACUCUCCAAUUGUCGUCGAAAAUGCUUGAAAACAAGAACACCAGCGAGUUCUUGGAUCAGAAUGUGAUUUUUAACAACGACCAUAUCUCAAUGGAGGGAGCCAGUUGUGUGAGCAAGGUGGGAUUCGAAUGGUCACUUCGUGCUGGACGUGAACAAGAGGAUGUCAAGUCUGCUGCCGAACGUCUCUCAAUGGCUUCCUUCCGAUUCAGUUAUCUGAAUGCCGAACAUGAAUUGGUGAUUCGUGAGCACAAACCGGAAACUGCCAAACAGAAAUACAUGGACAAGUUCACGAAAGGAGCUCUUCCAUACAAAGAUGUCAUUGAGUUCACAGCCAUGCAAUCUCUCACUCGGGAUACUUCUAAUGAUACCGAAGAUCAAAAGUUGGUUCCGACUGUCAAAGUUACCAAGGAUAACAAACACUUCACUCGGCUCGUCACAAUUGGAGAGGUUGUUUUUCCGGCGUAUUUUGGAGAUUCAUCGUUCGAUUUGUACAAAAGAGCACGGGAAGCGUUGAAUAGAAGAGCUAAUAACACAAUGAUGGUGACUGUGAAUGGAAUUAGAUCAGGGCGAGGUGUUACGACUACCACUUCAGCAACGUAUCUUCCACCAGGAUGGGUUUCCCUUCUUCAUCUUCAGUUACCAUCGAAAUGGACUGAAAAUGAGAAAAGAAACUACCGUAUUCGCCUCCACAAACUCUUCAACCUACCAUCAUCGAAACCUUGUCUUCGUCUCUCCCAGUCGCUCCCUCUUCACUCGGAAAGUGUUCGUUUAACCAAUAAGAAACUCAUUCGUGAACCACAUCUCUCCAUUUCCAAUUAUCAACCAGCUGGUGUGGUGACAGCUGUCAAAGGACCAUACAACUACCACCACUACAUGCAAGACGGAAUCGACGACAGUGGAUGGGGAUGCGCCUACCGUAGUUUCCAAACCAUCUGGAGUUGGUUCAUUCUCAAUGGCUACACUGAUAAGCCGGUGCCAAGUCACAGAGAUAUUCAGCAGGCACUUGUCAAUAUCGGGGACAAGGAGCAGAAGUUUGUGGGAUCCCGUCAAUGGAUUGGAAGCACUGAAAUCAGUUAUGUGCUCAACGAGUUGCUCAAGUUGGAGUGCCGUUUCAUUGCUACAAAUUCAGGAGCAGAGGUUGUCGAGAGAGCUCGUGAGUUGGCUCGGCAUUUCGAAACUUCUGGAACUCCUGUGAUGAUCGGAGGAAACAUGUUGGCUCAUACUAUUCUAGGUGUAGAUUUCAACGAGAUGACUGGAGAGACAAAAUUCCUGAUUCUGGAUCCUCAUUACACCGGAUCCGAAGACAUCAAGACAAUUACUUCGAAGGGAUGGUGUGCUUGGAAACCGGCUAGCUUCUGGAGUGCAGACCAUUUCUACAAUAUGGUGCUUGCUCAACCUCCAACUGAUUCUAUCUAA